GCAUCUCUGGUCAAGGAUGUGAUUCUUCCGUAUUCACAUAGGAUUAAUACAUUCAAAGGGGAUGCUGGACUGGAGAACCGCAAGUCUCUGCUAUUCUUUAUGGGGAAUCGCUAUCGAAAUGAGGGUGGUAAGAUUCGAGAUUUGCUUUUCCAACUGCUUGAGAAUGAAGACGAAGUUAUAAUCAAACAUGGAGCACAGUCUAGGGAGAGUCGGCGUGCAGCAACACAAGGAAUGCAUACAACAAAGUUUUGUUUGCAUCCAGCUGGUGAUACUCCAUCAGCUUGCCGACUAUUUGAUGCCAUUGUGAGUUUAUGUGUUCCUGUUAUUGUCAGCGACUACAUUAGUGGAGAUAGCACGUCAAAAGGAGGAGAUGAGGCAGAAAGAUGAGCAGACCGAUGCUCGAUUUCAGGCUCAGCAGCGUAUGUUCGAGGAGAUAUUGGCUAGGCUUCCACCUGGACCCACUGGACCCACUCCACCCACUGGACCAUCAUCUUGAUUAUGUUGUGUUUUUGUAUUUUGAAUACUUGAAUAUUUCUAUUAUAUAUUUGUGAACACUUGAAUAUUUUGUUAAGUUAUGACUAUUCGAAUGCUAAUUUAAAUUUCA